GGAAGUCAACCCACUCCUGUGCCGCUUGUAAGCAAGGGAAGCCCCCACGCGUUGCGCGCCCGGACCGCCGGUAUAUAGCCCGAGUCGUGGAGCGCGUGUGCAUGCGCGUCGAGCUCUAAAUGUGUGCGCCCGCGCACGCCAAAGCCCCGGGCUCCGUCCUCAACAGUUGCCACCGGAGCAGCGGAGAGGAGAGGAGGAGGAGGAGGAGGAGGAAGACGAGAGAGACGGCAGACUGAGGACGGACGGACGCGGAGCACCACGCCGCUCUGCCCGGCUCUGCUCCUGACAUGCAGUCGCUCAUCUCUCCGGUGACCAAGGCCAUCUUAGUAGCGCUCUUCAUUUUCGCCAUACUCCUCAUCCUCUAUGUGAUCCUUUGGUACAUUUGCAGAGACGUGGACUGCGACCACGGCAUUUGAGGAUUCCGUUAAAAAAGCGGGACUAACGGGAAUAUCUCAAUGGGGCGCACGGAGGAACCCGCAGAACCCCGGGUCAUCCUUGAUGCCCAGACAAGAUGGCAAGGUUGUUAUAGUGACCGGAGGAAGCAGGGGAAUCGGCUAUGAGGUCGCCCGCCACAUGGCCACCCUCGGGGCGCAUGUUAUCAUCGGUGGGAGGGAGGAGCAGGAGGGCCUUGCCGCCGUCAGAAAGAUCUGUGAACAGUACAAAGAGGCCAAAGUGGAAUUCCAAAAACUGGACCUCGCGAGUCUGCAGUCGGUCCGCGACUUUGCCCAGAGCUUCAAGGAUCGGGACCUGCCGCUAAAUAUCCUGGUUAAUAAUGCUGGUGUGAUGUUAGUGGCCGAAGGCCGCACCGCUGAGGGGUUCGAGCAACAUUUGGGCGUGAACUACCUGGGACACUUUCUGCUGACCUGGCUGCUCCUGGACAAACUGAAGGAUUCUGGGAAACGCGGUUCUGUCUCCCGAGUGAUCAACGUGUCGUCGUCAGCCCAUCGCAUCGGGGAGAUCAGACUGAAUGACUUGAAUAGCUGCGAGUGGUAUUCUCCUCAUGCUGCGUAUUGUCAGAGUAAGCUGGCCCAGCUGUUGUUCAGCGCCCACCUCCACCAGGAGAUGCAGCGCGGAGGUUUCCCCGUGAGCUCCUGCGCCGUGGAUCCCGGCAUGGUGGACACCGCUCUCUACUGCCACCUGUGGACGCCCCUCCGCCUGGCGCAAAGCCUCAUCGCUCGCCUUCUCUUCAGGACUCCUGCAGAGGGUGCUGCCACUGUGCUGUCGGCCGCUUUGCUACCGGCCCCGGAGGGGGACAGCGGAGGAGGCUACUGGGCCGACGGCCACAGAGAGUGGACCACACCGCUGACUUUUGACCCCCAGCUGCAGCUGAGCCUGUGGGAGGUCAGCCUCCAGCUGCUGGGCGUGCAGUAGCCACGGGACCCCGGGAUGCCCAAGAGGACUAAACCCGUUUGAAGACCCCGGAUAAAGACCCUGAGCACGGGGCCCACUAGCUACUUUCUCCUUCCUUUCUUU